AACUUGUUUCGAAAGAAGUGAGAGAGAGAGAGAGAGAGAGAGAGAGAGAGAGAGGUCUUUCUUUUUUCUUUUUUGUUUUUAUGUCCCGUGUCCGCAUCCCACGUUUCCCCCGCAUCCCCGAUCCCACAUCUACAGCGAGCCAGAGAGCGCCACAGCAUUGCUAGAGAGAGAGAGAGGGUUUUAAACUGUUUUGCGUGACGUAAAUUUGAACUUCUCGUUGAAAUCAAGCGAAUUUCGUACACGUAUACGUUACAGGAUUCAACCUUGCGAAUCGUCUUCGGGGAGAGGUAAACAGUUAAAGUGGAUCUGAGCUCUUAUUGGCAUGUCUAAGAUAUGGUGGUGAAGAAGAAACAUAAUAAUGGAUUUCACGGCUACGGGGUCCCUGUUAUUCCUAGAGGUCCCAGAUCCAUAAGAAGGAGAGACUUGCUUAAGAGAACCAUUGAGGAUAGCCAAAUUUGUGCUUUUGAACUAUUGGCUACUGUUGCGGGCAAGUUGUUGUUGGAGAGUGAAGGUUCUGCUUCUAGUAAUGCCGCAGAAGGAAAAGAUCCAUCUAGCCUUCACAGUGGUGGUGUUAAGCAGGAACAACUGGAAGGAGCUAAAGCUUUGAGAUCAGAGUGCCUUGAUCAGGGAAGCUGCGUAGAGAGUGUCUCUGUUGCUGGACGCCAUGUAGAAUCCAUUUUGAGAGAAUUGCCUUCUGCGGUUUGUGAUCCUGUUUUGGAGAGCACUUCUGUUAUUUCGAGUUCUAACUUCUCCGGAAAAGUUGUUCAUGAUUUGAAGUUGGAAAUCCCAGAAAACCAGACAUCACUGGAAAAAUCCUCUUGCAAAAUAGAGGGAGGCUCCUCUGAUAUUGGGCAAUCAUGUGAUGGUUAUGUAGAUAGUGGAAUUGCAAGACAGCUAGAGGACAAAGGGGAUCGUAAUUAUAAUGUACAUUUGACUACAGCUAGUACCUCCAAUCCAAAGGAUGAAAUGGAAAUAUGUGUGAAUACCCAUCCAUUGAUUAAUUCUGACAGUAGUGUACAGUUGACCUCAUUUAGGGAUUCUAUUCCUAAUGCUUCUUUUCCCAGGCGUAGGAACAAUGUAAAGGUAGGUACUAGAGAUGAUGAUGAAAAAUUUGUUGGGAGCAAUCUUCCUAACUCCAAGAUAAGGUCCUUUAGGCCCCAACGGAUUGGACACCGAAGAAUAAGAAAGUUGCUGACCUCAAAAUACUGGAAAGGAGCUCCAAUGCUGAAGGAUUGUGAAUAUUCUAACACCAAUGGGUGUAUAAAGUGUGUCUCCCGCAAUAGGAAAAUCCUUCACACCUGCGAAAGAAUUCAACGCGAAGGCCCAUUUAAGAAGAGGAGAAUUUUCAACCCUAGCUCAGCACUUGCAUAUGAUGGGGAGGGAAGUAGUGAAAGUAUUUCUAAUUCACCUGAGAAAGGCAUGAAAGGAGAAAAGAGUGGUUCAGGUUUGAAUAAAGCAAGUUUAGUAUCCUCUUCAGCUGCAUCUCAUCAAGCAUCGUUGCAGUCGAAGGAAUCACAAGUGAAGUUCAGCAUUAAGUCCUUCAAGGUACCAGAUCUUUACAUUGAGGUCCCAGAAACUUCCACCGUUGGAUCCCUGAAGAGAACAGUUAUGGAGGCAGUGACUGCUAUUCUUCGAGGUGGAUUACAUAUCGGUGUACUACUUCAAGGGAAAGAGGUUAAAGAUGAUAAUAGAACUCUAUUGCAAACUGGUAUUUCUCAUAAUGACUACCUGGAUACGCUUGGUUUUACAUUGGAACCAAGUUCUGCAACAGCUUCUCCACCUAUGUCCCCUAAAGAUCCUCCAGUUUUGCUGCCAUGUGAGACACACCAAGAUUUAACCUGGUUGACAGUCAGUCCCAUUUUGGAUACGGAGUUCGCUAAUGCUUCAUGUGAUCCUCCUCCAGCAGCUAAUGUGCCCAACCAUGUGGAAAGUAACCAUGAAUUGGCUCUCUCUCCUACAGAUGAAGUAACUAAUGGAACAACACCAAAUUCUGGAGCCUUGGUUUCCAUCCCUCCAAUUAGUGUGGAGGCACUUGCUGUGGUUCCGUUGAACCAGAAAACUAGGCGUUCUGAACUUGCACAACGGAGGAUUAGGAGACCUUUCUCUGUUUCAGAAGUAGAAGCACUGGUUGAAGCAGUUGAGAAACUUGGAACUGGAAGGUGGCGCGAUGUUAAACUGCGUGCUUUUGAGGAUGCUGAUCAUCGUACUUAUGUGGACUUAAAGGAUAAGUGGAAAACAUUGGUUCACACGGCGAGCAUCGCUCCACAGCAAAGAAGAGGGCAGCCGGUGCCCCAGGAUCUCUUGGACAGAGUCUUGUGCGCCCAUUCUUACUGGUCUCAGCACCAAUCUAAGCUACACGGCAAGAAUCACACUGAACCUCUCAAAAUUUCAGACACCCAGGCGGGACAAGUUUGAAAGAGGUACCCAGUACAUAUUCUGUAAAAAUUUGCUGCACGGAAUGUGAGGGGUGCAAAAACCCAUUAGUGUAUUAUGUGUAAUAUUCUCACUCAAAUUGAUUUAUCACCAGGACGUGUGGAGGCGCUGGUGCUUGUAAAUUAUUUGACAAAAUAUAAGCAUUCUAAUCCAAUGUUAGGCGCUUUGAUUUGGUUGAGGUUCCAUUCCUUUACGUAUGUUGAAACGACAAUCAUUACAUUGUUGAUCUUGUUUAUAGAAUCCUUGAUUAAUUGGAAAAUUUCUUCUUUUA